AUGCAAAGUCAUGAAAUGUUGCCACUUGAUUUUGAGGAAGAUUCUGCAGCAAAUUAUCAACAUCAGCCCAUCCUACAAGAUUUUUCAUACUAUUCCAAUGUACCUCCGAAACAUAUCAUUGAAGGGCAAAAAGCAGUCCGUAGAAGAUUGCGAAAUAAGGGAUCUAAAGAUUCCGCUGCCAAUUCAUUGGGCAUGAGUAAUUUGAGAUAUCGACAACUGCAAGAACAAUCCAAAAAAACAAAAGAAACGAUUAAGAAUGAUCGAGAGAGUGAUAUCAUGCACAUGUUGAGAAUUUUGCGUGGUCCUGAUAUGGAUAAAGACUCUAAUAAUUUCCAAACCAAUCCUCAACAUGAUGAAACUCCACCGCCCUCCACUCGAUCCGAUACAUCAUCCUCUGCUCUAACCUAUCUAACCAAAUCAAAUUCUCCAGUAGUUGUCAACAAUCGAGAAAUGCAAGAGGUAAAACUUGCAAAAUUGACUCCCAAAGAAGAAUUAUUGCCUCCCAAACAAAAAUUAAUGAUUAUUGAAAAUAGAAUUGCACGGCUGAAGGAUUUACAACUACAUCAAGCUGUCAUUGAUUUGAGAACAUUGGCUAUAGCAUUAACACGAUUAGUGUAUGGAUCUCAAACUGUUCGAUUGGCCGAACACUACAUGGAUAUAGGAGAUACGUAUACAAAAAUGAAAGCUUUUGAACAAGCAAGCUCGUAUUUAAGGAAAGGAUUAAUGUUUUUGACAAAAAUUGUGACAAAUAUUCAUCAUCAUCAACAAACAACGACUAGACUAAUCAAUGAGGAUGCAAUGGAGCCUCUCAAUUUUGAACAGGAAUAUUCUGAUGCUCGUCGACUUCUUCCACAUGUGCUUCUUGCCCUUGGAAAGUGUUAUGUCGAACAAAAUUGUAUGAAAGAAGCACAUGGAUGUCUCAAAGAAGCAAAGAGACAAAAUGAUAUUCUAAAAGAUGAAGAACGCGAUCCAAUGAUCACUUUUGAUAUUUCUCUUCAACUUUCUUACUUGUACACAAGAAUGGGGAGAUUUGAUGUCUCUCUCACUCAUUUAAUUAACGCUUGGGAAACGAAAUUGCAAAUGGUUGGAACCCAACAACACCCAGAUAUUGCAAAAGUUUUUAGAGAAAUGGCAUCUGUACACCUCAAGAAUGGAACCAUUAAUGAGGCUAUUGAAAACUUUGAAAAAGCUAAAAAAGUGUAUGAAGAAAUGGGUACUCCUGUUGGUCUUUACAAUGCUGCAGUUAUUGCUUACACCAUUGGAAACUUGUUUGAUGAAAUGAAUAAUUUUGAAAAAGCAAGUUUGUACUAUGAAGGAGCAACAGGAGGAGUUGAAUCUUUUUAUGGGCCGUAUGACAUGAAAACAAUCAAAGUUUAUGAGAGAUUUGCGAGGGCCGUUUUGGAACAAGCUCAAUCUCAAAACGAUGACAGAACUCUGUAUGAUAAAGCCACCUCACUCUAUAAGGAGCUAUUGAAAAGAAAGUCACUGCUGUACGGCAAUGACUCACCUGAAGCUGGAAUCACUCUUGAGAUUUUGGGAGAUAUUCAAUUCACACUCGAGGAUUUUGCCAAUGCUCUCCUCUAUUAUGAUAAGGCAUGGCUCAUUGCUGAUGAAGUGUAUGGUCCUCAAGAUGAAACCAUUUCACUUCAAGAAAAAAGAAAUACCACAAAAGAACGAGCAAAACAAAAAGAGGAGGAAGAUUUAAUGUCGUAG